AGUACGAGUGAUGGGGCACGAGUCGCCAGGAGUUGGCACAGAUAGGGGAGAGAGAUUUCUAACCCACACCAUUCGUUGUGACGCCGUGAUUGUUGUUAUUUUUAAUGCCAGUACACCAUUCCGCCCCUGGGUCGUGAGCAUUGAGCAUCGGUCGGUGCGGUGCUGUACCGGCCAUCGCGCAGCAGCACCGGAGACAGUUCUAUGUUGGCGUUCAAGCAGACGGCACAAUUCGACGGCGCAUCCGUUGAUUCAUCCUUUCUCCGUCGUCCUCCCCCCGUGGCCAGGUCGGUGUGCAUUCGGAAACAGUAAAGGCUGCGCGAGUGACAAAAUCUGUUGUACGAAUCGUAACGUAACGUAAAGUGAGAGUAAAUCCGUUGCACAAGUUUACGUUGUUCAAGAGACACUUUGGCGUGCACUAACGAAGCACGUACUUCGCCCCAAACGAGGACGUUUGAUCGUCCCAGCGUUGCUUAUCGAACAGGAUGAGUCCUUGUUGGGUGGAAAAAGGGCCCUAGCGACGCACCAGGGCUGGUAAAGGUAGCCGUUGUUUGGCAACAACCGCAACAGCUCGAACAGACUGUAUGUGACCAACCAACCAACCGGCGUGCCCUCGAGAACGGCGGUCCUCUGUUCGCCCCUCGCCAUAAAUCGGAAUGAAACGUGAUCCGAGGGCACAUUUCUGGAACAGUGCUGAAAGGAAACGUAUACAUCUUGCCCAUGCCCAUGCCCAUGCCUAGCUAUCGACAAAAAGCCCCUCACACAACCCCAUCAAUACCACCACCUGCCUGCUCGUCUUAUCAUCCAUCACUGUAUCCAUUAUUUUAGUACACAGCGCCUCGCCCGUUCCUGGAGACGGCAGCUAUGGUGUUAGUGGUUUAGCAGCAGCAGCAGCAGCAGUGGACGGGUGAAAAGAGAUAAGCGAGAGUGAUAAGACAACGACGAGAACGGCGGCGCUACUCUCGGACGAGUGCGACGUUGGAUAGUGAAGGAAGGACUUUCCUUCCUUGGAAAGGCACGUAGGUCUCGGUCGGUCGAGUACCGUUGUACGAACGCCCAAACGGUGGUAGUUGGGGGCUGCAGGGGGUGGUGGUGGUAUGGUGGUGGAUACAAGUCGAACCCCUGGAAGAGGGUGGUGUAUUUCCAUCCCAGCUGCUAUCAAACACGGAACAAAUCUGCACCCCGGGUAUCAGUAAGCUUUCGACUGGCGUACGGUACGGCCACCACGAGCUAGUACCUCUGGCUGUCCCAAAGCAUUUUCCUGCUUUUUCUGUUACCAGUGACUGGUGCUGGUGCUGCUGCCGGUGGCCAGCGCGCUCGUGCGGUUUGCGACGACAGUGAUUUGCAUUUGGCAAUUUGCAGUGUUCAAUUCCGGACGGACGUGGAGUGAAGAGACUUGUUCGACGCCAUUACAUUUCGCCAACGACUGCACAUUUCGAAUAAAACGCAUCCGCGCGCGAGUCAACCCCAAACACUCGAGUUUCAUCAAAGUUGCGCAGGUAAAAUCGUUCAUUUAUAAUAAGAUCUUCGGAAGAACAUAGUUUUCCCAAACGUCCAUUAGCAUUUCAUAGAAUAAGCAUUAAAAAGCAAGAAAGCGUCAAGCUCUAGCAUUCUCGCAUAUACAUCUUAAUUGUUCGUCGUACACCGUUCUAACUUAAAUUCACACACAUUUGUCCGUAAUAUCGGUCAUCUACUCAAUCAUUCAAAAUGAAAGUUGAGGUACAAAAUCACGUCGAUCAUCUUUCGUCGAUUAGCAGCAUCACCGUUCCAUCCACUCAUGAUCCUCACCUACUGGAUGAAACAUGUCUUAUGCUGUCGAACUUGCUUACGGAAGGUGGGCGUAUGGCGUCCAAAGUGUCCUUGGUCUGCGAGGAAAUGCAGAAAGAAACCUUGCCCCAAGUCGACCGAGAACUGUCGAUUUCGGUUAUCACCGAAGCGGACACCGAUGAUGUUCUGGAUUUGCUUAAAAGAUUCUUUUUCAAAGACGAACCCCUCAAUACGUUCGUGAAGCUAGGUGAAUGCAUGGAGCUUGAAAUAUACUGUACCAAGAACCUUGGUGAACGAUCAUCCUACAAAGCCGUCAAUUCCAAAGGAGAAAUUGUUGGAGUGAUUUUGAAUGGUACCAUCAAGAAGCCGCAACCCGGAGAUAAACCUCCGAUGAAACUGGCGGACAGGUGUGCCCAUCCUAAAUUUCGAAAAAUUAUGGCCCUGAUGGACCAUGUGGACGAGAAUUUCGACAUCUUUGAGAUCUACCCGGAUAUUGAUCGGUUUCUUGAUUGUAAGAUCCUUUCGGUUGACACACGAUAUCGUGGCAUGGGUAUUGCCGGAAUGCUGACAGACCGUACAAUCGAGUACGCAACGCAAAAUGAUAUCAAGUUGAUACACGUACUCUGCACCAGUCAUUUCUCAGCGCGGGUCAUGGAAAAAAUGGACUUUGCAGAAGUGUACCGCUUACCAUACGCUGACUAUCGCGUAAACGGUGAACAGGUUUUUGAGCCAGAAAAGCCUCAUGUUGCAGUACGAAUUCUGACAAAACGUGUAGAUGUUCAAUAGGUUGUAUCACCGGAUCUUGAAUUGUUAGCCAUCCGGCUAAUAGAAUAUCUCCUCCUUUCAUUAUAAAGACUUUAACACUCUACAGUGUUUUGAAUCGUUUUUGAUUUCGUAUUGCCUGAAGCCGUUUAUGAGGAAAACAUAAGACGUAUGUUUUAAUCAUCAUUAACGUGCAUUGGUUGAACUAUUUGCUGAUUUGAGAACACACAACAACCUGAACAAAAGAAUAUUGUGAUAAUGCUUGUGUAUUAAAUGUAACGCAUUUAAUCAUCAUAGUAUUUAAUUGGCUAAAGCACACCGGUACGAUCGACAUGAAAAGAUAUUUGCAACAAUGUUGUCGCUUAAAGAAAACUGAUUUUGUGAAACAAAAUAUAUUACAAGCAUUUACGAUUA